AUGGCCACACGAAGAGAGCGCAGCCCGUCGGUCAUGUCGGCCUGUGACGCCAGCUUGGAAUCUUCAUAUCGCUCAUGGAAGGCGCAGCGGCCGCAGCUCUUUCGCCAGCACAGCCAGCAGCAUCGCAUAGCCAACGCACCAAUGGUACGUACCACCUACUCGCCACAAGUAGACGCAUUGGCGCCUAACAACAGCCAUCAUCAGGCGGACAAUACCAGGGCACCGGUUCACAUCGCCGUCAUCGCUGAUGAUCAUGACCACAUGGUUGAUCUUCCUCUUACGCUUUACGAUCCUAGCCUCACGCGGUCUUUGAUCAGCAAGUCUAAAGCCUUCGCUACCCAGGGUCGCAUCAGUCCCUGCUCCCCACUAUCCCUAUUGAUUACUCUGAACCCGGCCUCCGCUGCCGGCACGGCCGAUACCUCCAGGACCAACAGAGCCAGAGCGAGUCACAGGGAAGGUUUUGCUGCCCGAGUCCCCCUCACCACCUCCACAACUCUCACCCUCCGCUGGCGCUACGCUCAUGGUCUGCAGUCUUUCCACGAAGUGUUCUAUGUCAUCGACGCGGCAUCUAUCCACGGUUUCGAUGCCGUGCUGCGCGGCACCAUCAAUGUCACGCCCGCAGACCAGGCCGCCACUUUGCCUCUGGCUCACCCUCUGAUCUUUGUCUCCAGCCUUGGCCGCAGCUCCGGCAGUGGCAGCAAGAAGACAGAUCGUGAUCGUCGCGAUGAUGAGAAGAAGAGUCGAAAAGAGCGUGAAUAUCGCGCGCAGGUGGAGAGCCAAAGGAGAGAAGUUAGGAAGGCAUUGGAAGGGAAGGGCUCAAAGAGAAGCUGA